AUGUCCAAAAUAGAAGUCAUAACAGAGAAUGUCAAUAACGGUCUGACGGGAAAGCUCGAGUCCAUUCAGUACACCAAGUCUCAGAUGGUGGGCCACGGCUCCUUUGGUGUGGUGUUUCAGACACAGCUUUUACCGUCCAAUGAGAUUGCUGCCAUCAAGCAGGUCUUGCAGGAUAAGCGUUUCAAAAACAGAGAGCUUCAGAUCAUGAAGCUUGUUCAUCACCGUAAUGUUGUUGACUUGAGGUACUAUUUCUACACCAACAACGACAAAAACGAAUUGUUCUUGAACUUGAUCUUGGAAUUUGUCCCCGAGACUUUGUACAAAGCAUCGCAUUACUACGUUUCGAAAAGACUUAGCAUGCCCUCGUUGGAAGUGAAGUUAUACACUUACCAAAUGUUUAGGGCCUUGAACUACAUUCACUCACAAGGCAUUUGUCAUAGAGACAUCAAACCCCAGAAUUUGUUGAUUGACCCGGAAACUGGUGUUCUCAAGUUGUGUGAUUUCGGUUCCGCCAAGAUUCUUAAUCCUCUGGAACCCAACGUUUCUUACAUUUGCUCGAGGUACUACAGGGCUCCAGAGUUGAUUUUUGGUGCCACCAACUACACCACCAAGAUUGACGUCUGGUCUGCAGGCUGUGUCAUGGCCGAGUUGAUCUUUGGUCAACCAUUGUUCCCAGGAGAGUCGGGAGUUGACCAAUUGGUGGAAAUCAUUAAAAUUUUGGGCACGCCUACCAGAGAACAAAUCAAGAAUAUGAACCCAAACUAUACCGAGUACAAGUUCCCUCUGAUCAAGCCUGUUCCAUUGUCGAAAAUAUUCAGGAAGAACUCCAACGAUUGUGUCCAGUUCAUAAUGAAGAUCUUGGAGUACUCGCCUAUCGACAGAAUAUCGUGCAUUGAGGCCUUGGCCGACCCUUACUUUGAUGAGUUGAGGGAUGACAACACAAAGUUGCCUAAUUACAGGAAAUUGUUCAGCCAACAAAUCUACAGCAACUCCACGCAUUACCCACAUCAGAAUAACGCUAACUACCAAUUGUAUUCUAAUCAACCUGAUGUUAGAGACUUGCCCGAGUUGUUUGACUUUGACGACCGUGAAUUGUCCGUGGAGCCCUCGUUGAACCUGGUGUUGGUGCCCAAGCAUGCAUUGGAUAGAUUGAAGAUCACCAGAGGAAACAGCUUGGACUCCUUUGUGCCCAUGACCGCUGACGAGAUGGAGGUUACGUUAGAGUAG